AAGGCUUGUGCUGAGGUUAGGGGUUGGUAACGGAUCAACAAAGAUACAGAUGUCUUACUGUGACACUCCUUUCAAAGAGAAAUACUUGGAGUGUGUGUGUGUGUGUAGUGUUUCUGUAAACUUUUUCAAUUAUCUUCUGUGUAGUUUACAAGGGCCACACCUCUACUGACAUCAUUUUUUAUAACUAUCGAGUUAUUUUAAAAGUUGUGUGAUGGUGUGUCACAGUUUCACAUUGAGUUUCACAGUGAAAAGAAAGUAAUACAAGUUUGGAUUGACAUGAGGGUGAGUUUUGUUUGAACUGUCCUUUAAGUAUAGCACCCUUUAUUAUUAACAUUUACAAUGUUAAUAAUACACAUUUGAUUUUUUUUUUUUUUUUUUUUUUUUUUUUUUUUUUUUUGAUCAAGUUGGUUUUUCUAUUCAAGCAUGUGGAAUAUUCAUGUUGGGUAAAUCUCUAAGCCAGGACGCAUUCUGUCAGUAAGCACUUCCCAUUUUGAGAUCUGUUUCUUUAAGAGAAGAGGGAGGAGGAGGGUGGACAGGCUCUGGGUUUUGAACGCCUCUUUUUUUUUAAACAGAAAUUCCUCUCUCAAGAGUUUGGCAUUUCCUCUGAGCUCACACACUGAGAGCCUGCUCUCUCGUUUCACACAGUGCUCACUUGUGACAAAAGGGGGGAUUUUCAAACAUCCUGAAUGAGAGGACUCCUCUUGCCCUCGGCACAUGCUGCAUCCGCAAAGAAACUUCACUUGGCAAACUUCCCCUUACACGACGGUUUCUGUUUGAGGGGGCUAAAAGAACAUCAGCUUGGCCUUGUUUUCAGCAUCUGGAUGAUUGGUUUGGCAUGGGCUAGCCCUAACUUUUCCCACAGAGCUGGAGUAGACUGGAGGAGGAUGAGCGUUUACACUCUCAACCUCAGGUUGUUCUGGCCGCUGGUCACUUGUAUCCUCACCGCUCUGCUGCUACUGCACCAAUACAUCAUCAGCGGAUCCGAGGACCAAGGGAACGACUGCUCUGAUCAAGGACUUGGAGCUGUCACACUUUUUAAGUACAUCCUAGCAUUUAUCUUAUGUUAUUUCUUCAUAAAGUACUGCUCAACUCAACCUGGCUCUGCUAGGAGGGCUUUCCACAAAGUCCCAGAGGGGCAUGGAAAAUCUGGUGUCUCUAAGAGAGAGCUACUGGACGAUCACUAUGAAAGGCAUGUGCGUCUCUCUCCACAUGUGCUGGGCCACAGCAAAGCCCAUGUUGCCAAGCUGGUGAGUGAACUUGUAAAGGUUGGUCGCACCGAUGUCCCGCCGGAGUCUUCGCUGGCCUUCCGGGGUGACUUCAUCCAGAUCGGCAGUUCCUACGAGGAGCACAAGGUGGGCUCACCUGACUGCUUCGACAUCCUUGUGCCUCUGCGGGCACCUCGUGGGCUGAAACUGGAGGCCAGCGUUUGCACUGACAAACACGGAGGGCCACCUCUGUGCACGCUGAACACGCCUCGCAAGGCGGAGUGGGCACGUCGUCACAAAGCCUUCACGGACACGUUUAUGCACUUGCACAAUGCUCAAGGUGUCUAUAAGAUGAGCCCGGAUUCCGUACAGCGCUGGUUUUACACAGCCACCCAGCGCUGCCUCGCUACUUUCCGUUACCUGUUUGAGCAGCGCUGUUCCCUCAGCCUGUCUCUCAGUGAGGAGCAGCAAGUGCUCCUCCGUCUGACACCCCGCUCCGAUUAUGUCUGCUGCCACAUCUCCAUGGGCAUUCGGCUGAUCCUAGCCUUUCCUCUAGGUGAUGGUGCCUUCUUGGUGGCAUCCCAGCGGAGUCAGCGAGGAGAAGACCUUUGGACAGUGUACUUUCCCAGGCAGGAGCAGAGACUGCUGGCAUGGCUAAAAGGUAGACUGCCCUCCAACUCCUGUCAUCUAAAGUGCCUUCAACUCCUAAAAGAGGUGCGUAACCUCAGUGGGGAGACGCUGGACCAGAAGUCUGGAGCUGAAUGGGGAGGAGUGCUUUCGUCCUAUGCUCUGAAGACCGCUUGGCUUCGUUUACUGCUCAGUACACCCCCUGAGGCCUGGGAAGAGUGCAACCUUGUGGACCGGCUGGAUGAUCUUCUUCGCAGUCUAAGGGAGAGCCUACAGUCUCGGGCUCUCUGCCAUUUACUCCUUGGAGGCAUUAAUGGGCUUCUGCCAGACUCUGUCGCUCUACCCAAACUUGUGAAGGAGACUGUACCCUCCAACCUGUGGGCGGAAUUCAGUGACAUCACCCUUGAUAUGGUCUCCGCCCGACUGGCUUAUUCAUGGAACCACCUCCCUCGCCUAAUUCGCCUCGGGCGGCCACAGAGGACCAGCCUUGGCAGAGGUGUUCGCUGCAAAUAUAUUGAUACAGAGUAAAGGUCAACUAUAACUGGUGUUGCCGAACACAGCGAUGGUUUAUGUUUUCAGAAAUUAAUCACAUAUCUUUAUCUCUCUUUUUUUGCAUCUGACUUUUCAAAAUUAAGUUCAAUUAAUUUGGGGAUUGUUUUUCUCAAAAGGAAGCAGUCAAAGCACUAGAUUAGAGCACAAUAGUAGCAUUCAGUAGGUAUAGCAAUACUUUUAACAAAUCAGUCUUGGUACUGUACAAAUCAGUAUUGUACUGUGAUUGCAGGACAGACUUUGAAAAGCAAGGUCUGCAGAAAGGUACUGUAUACCUCCAGGAGCAGGGUUGGAGAUUAGGAUUUAGGUGUUUGGACAUGAAACUCAUGCGUUUUUGAGAGCUGCUAGACUUGUGUUGACUCAGGGUGACCAUGAUGUCAUGGUUAUGGGGUAGUCAAAACAGCAUAUACACCAAAGAUUUUCCACACCCACACAGUAUUAGUAAUGCCAGCCUAAACAGAUGAACAUCCUGUUUUGAAGGGAAGAACUGCAGUGUGACCACUGUAAAAAUCAUCUGCUGUGUCUUACAGAACCAGAUAUUUUCUUUAUUUUGAAUGAAUGAAUGAUGUUUUAUAACUGUAGCAAUUUCAGUAUUGCUUAAUUGAUUGUUAAAGUGUUCCUUUGAUAUGUCAGAUCAUAAUUAGUGCUUUAGUUCACCUCAGUUUGUUACCUUAAUUGGCACACUCGAGGAUAAGGCACUGAUGGCAUAGCUUCACUUCAUCUUGCCUGUCUACAGGGACAUUAUGUGUGCACGUGAUCUUUUCCCUCAGAGACAUGGCUCUAUAAGUUGUCACCAUGGAGACUACCUCAGCCCAGGGUCACUUAUUUAUGCAAUAGCUUUAGUUUUAAUGGCUGAUUGCAUUUACUUUCACAAAGGCAGCAGAGAUCCUUAUUGAUCUCUUGCCGGUACUGAGUGUCACAGGGUUAGUUUGUUGGUCUCUUUCCUGCUUAAACCUCAUCCAUCUACCUGUUAUUAAACAAAGUGUUCAUGGUCAUUUAUGUCAGACAUAUCUUAGUUUUAUCAACUUUGCAGGGAAAUGUUUGUGGUACCUAAGCAAAUUUCUUUGAAGCUUAUUUUUGUCUGUUCUCUAAAAGCGGAACAGAAAAUGAAAUAAGGAAAUGAAAAAGAACAUGCUCUAAAAACAAUGCUUAAAUGUAGUCCAAAACAAGCAAUAUAAAAUACAGAUUAACUAAUGUUGAAUGUAUAUGUAUAUUAAUGUAUAUGUAAUUUAAUGUAUAUUUGGUACUGUAUGUGAAUGUAAGUUUAUUGUAAAAGAAAUUGUACUUGAUGUACAUAGAGUAAAACAAUCUGUGUGUAUUUAUAUAGUAGAUAUAAUUUAUACAUGUAUUUUAAUACAUGAAUUGAAAUAAAUAUCUAUAUUUUGGACUGCA